AGCAUAUUUGUGACGUUUAUUUCUUAUCGAAGAUCAUCGUAACUAUCGUUUAUUUACUACAAAAUUGUCUAUAAUACACGAAACGGACGGUUAACGAUUCAAUUCGUGGUACGAAUUUAUUCUAAUACAUGUUUGUAUCGAAGAAAAUGCGACUUUGUUUUUGUAAAAGCAUCGGUUCGUAUUUUGUAUUCGCGUUAAUCCUGAUUCUUACCGAUCAACUAAUAAUCUUCUUACGCGGUAAAAUUUCUAGUCCGUUCGUUAAUGCGGUCGAAGAAAAUAUUAUUCUUAAUUAAAUCCGAAUCGUACUUUUCGAAUUCUCGAAUCGGAUCUUGAGUUUAUCGUUCGAUAAUAUCGGGAAAAAAUGCACGUGAAAUCAGAGUAUCGUUUAAGCGUAUAUCGCAAGCGCACGUAUUCGCGUAUUAUCUUUUUUGUCAACAUUUCAAAUUUCCACUCGUGAUUAAAUUCGAUCGAGAGAACGUAACGCUUUAAAUUCACGAUCGGGAAAAGAGAUAAUAACGCACCUUAACAACGAUAAAUACCAUCGUUAUCUGGUCCAUAAUCUCACGACUAAAAUCGUCUUAAUCUCGUACGCGUACGUCGCGCAUCUCGUUCUCGAAUCGUUAUAUCAUCGAACAGGCGUUUACCUUGAGUAAGAUUUUAUUAACAAAAAAGUAGCGGAUACAUAACAACUAUCGGUAAUACGUAACGAGUAAAUCAACGAAUGGAAUUUGAUGACAACUCUGUAAAAGAGACGCGAAACAUUUUGAUAUCCCUCGUCUGCUUGUCGUUGAUCGUGAUCGCGUUAGCAAAGACAUUUGAACGACAGAAAUAACGGGCAACGAUUCUUCGACGCAGGAACAGGCGAAGAAGGGAACGCGAGAAGAAGGGAAAGUCGCAGUUAGGCGGUCAGCCGCGGAAGCGACGGUGCUAACGCGUAUCUAGUCUAGUGAACGUCGACGCGUUUUCUGGCACGCGUGCAGUUUCGUUUCGAGCGUUUACGAACGCGUAAGGUUAUCGAUACAUAACGCUUUUCGCGCCCACAAUCGGAUGCCCCUGAAAAAAAAGACGGGGGAACGAAACAUUACUUGUGGUUAAUCGCGUAAGAACGAUAAGUCGGUAACUGUAGCGGCAUCGAUGGAUAUCCGAAGGAUCAAGUCCCGUCGAAAUCGCGCGAAAUUCGCGGUAGCCGUGAUCGUGAUCGUCCCACGCGCGAACAGGAAAUAACGGAAACAGGAAAACGCGAUACAUCGUGGCACGGUGCUAUCUUGCGUACGAAGCGCAACGAAGACGGAGCCAAUGAACGAAACAGAUAGGAAGUUGGAAAGGCAGAAACAGAUAAAGAAAACGAACAAUAGGGAAACAGUGUGGAGCACGGUGGUUGCGCGAGGAGAAGAGAAGCAGAAGGAAGAGGAUCGGUAGAGAUCUCGGAACGAGGGGGAGUCGAAAAGAGGGGGAACUCGAUAGAUCGAGGGAGCCAGAGAGGGAGAGAGCAAGAGAAACUCAUCGAGAGUUAAGCUAUCUGGUAAAACAAACGGACUAGGCCGGACCGAAGGUUUUCCACUAAAAGACGGCAUGAAGUGGCAAACGGCUUUCGUUGUUUUCGUAACCAGUGACGCGUGCACGAUCCGUUCACGACUCUCCGAUCGGCCGAGGACUUAACGCGACGGAUAUACUCGACCAAACUCGACGUCCUACUGUCGCGCCCCCUUCUCCUCGUAUUCGCGUCCAUCGCUUUCUUCUCCUUUGGUUUUUCUUUUCCAUAUUUCCGAUCGAUCCACCGUCCAGUAAAUCGAUUCGGCCUGCUCCUCGUACGUCACGAUCAACAUCGGGAUCCACUGUACAAGCAACGUUCCGAGGAUCAUGGACGACGAGAAAAUCAAACUAUUCAAGGACAAGGCUGUAUACGGAUACGGGACAAGCAUACCACCGAGUAAUAACGAAGCCGAGGAGAAUGACACGUCUUCUAGGAAAGUGAUCUUUUGCGUACACGGAAAGUUGUCGGGCUGUUGCACGGUCGUGAAAGGCGUAUCGAUCGACGACGAUGCAGCUGUCAAUUACCAGAAAAAUUCUUCCACCGCACUGGAAGACCAUUGUCAUAGAGAAAGAAACGAGGAGAUCGAUAAAAAGGCAAGAAAGAAAUUACUGCUUGCUAGUGCCCUAUGCGUAAUUUUUAUGAUAGCAGAAAUCGUAGGUGGUGUAUUGUCCAACAGUUUGGCGAUCGCGACGGAUGCUGCGCAUCUGUUGACCGAUUUUGCCUCGUUCAUGAUCUCCCUGUUCUCGAUAUGGGUCGCGAGCAGACCAGCAACGCGGAAGAUGCCCUUUGGCUGGUACAGAGCGGAAGUGAUAGGUGCUCUGACUUCGGUCCUAAUGAUAUGGAUAGUGACCGGAAUCCUUUUUUACCUGGCGGUCGAGAGAAUAAUUCACAAAGACUUCGAACUAGACGUCACCGUCAUGUUGAUCACGUCCGCCGUUGGCGUUGCGAUUAAUUUAAUAAUGGGUUUAUCGUUGCACCAACAUGGCCACACGCACGGACACGGCCAUGGACAUCACCACGAACGUGAUUCGCGCAAACCGAACAGCGUAGAAAAUGGAAAAAUCGAUCAAGAUUUUUUCGAGGAGAAGAAAAAUAUUAACGUACGCGCUGCCUUUAUCCACGUUGUAGGGGAUUUCAUUCAAAGCGUAGGAGUGCUGGUCGCUGCGUUAGUUAUUUACUUCAAGCCAACUUGGAGCAUAGUCGAUCCAAUUUGCACCUUUUUAUUCUCGUUGUUGGUGGUGUUAACUACGGUGGCGAUAAUCAAAGACGUGAUGAACGUUUUAAUGGAAGGAAUUCCGAAAGGAUUCGAGUAUUCUCAAGUGGAAAGUACCUUCAUGCAAAUCGAGGGUGUGGUGAAGGUGCACAAUCUUCGUAUCUGGGCACUUUCGUUGGACAAAACUGCGCUUUCCGCGCACCUCGCUAUAAAACCGGGAACGAGUCCUCAAGAUAUACUACGCACUGCGACGAGGAAUAUUCAUGACGAGUACAAAUUCUUCGAAAUGACUCUCCAAAUAGAGGAAUUCGACGAACAAAUGGAAAAUUGCAAACAGUGUAAGGCACUGUCGCAAUAAUCGCAGAUAUUUUGUUUUCUACGCGAGCCUAAUCGCAACGAUCGAAAAUCGUGCGAUCACGAAAGAGAACCGUAACUCGAACCUCGCAAAAGUUGCGAAUUACAAUUCGACGGAAAACGAUGGUCAUUUGUGUGUCCGUGCCCA